UUUGAAACGUGUGUUAUCUUCAAUCUCAACGUUAUUUUAAAUGUAAAAUAACAACGUUUUAAAAUUAGCUGCGCAAAUGGUUCGCGUGUACAAAAAAAAAGUGGGUAGUCGCCCAUAUGCUAAUAGGAGUGAUGAAGUUGUGGAAGAAGCUCUUCAAAAAGUUGCUGAUGGGGAACUUUCAAUUUUAAAAGCUAGUAAAAUGUAUAAAAUACCGUAUGGCACAUUAUACAAUCGUUUUAAUGGGAAACAUGGCAAAAAACCUGGAGGACAGGCAAUAUUUAGUGAUGAGGAUGAAAAAAAUAUGAUAGCUGCUGUAUCAAAAUGUGGUGAUUGGGGAUUCCCUUUAACUUUAAUGGAUUUAAGAUUAAUCGCAAAAACAUCAUUAGACAAAAGAGGAAUAAUAGUUCAAACAUUUAAGGAUAACCUUCCAGGUGAUGAUUGGGCAAGGAGUUUGUCAAAAAGACACAAUACACUAACUCAAAGAAUCACAACAAACAUUUCUCGAUGUCGCGCCGAAGUCUCCCCUGCUACAAUAAAUUUAUAUUUUGAUAAUUUGUCUUCAGUAUUAAAAGAUAUACCUGCUGAUAAUAUUUUCAAUUAUGAUGAGACCAACCUCCAGGAUGAUCCAGGUAAAAAAAAAUUUUUGUUCAAGCGUGGUACAAAAUAUCCUGUACAAGUUCAAAACCACUCUAAAAGUGCCACCACAAUAAUGGUAUGUGGGUCAGCAAGUGGUAUUCUAUUACCACCAUACAUCAUUUAUAAAUCAAAAAAUUUGUGGGAGUCUUGGACAAAUGAAGGACCCAAAGGAUCUCCAUGCUGUGAGAGUCCUUGCUGCUCAAAAGGAACCAGGUAUAAUUGUACACCACACGGAUGGAUGGAUGGUAUUACUUUCAAAGAAUGGUUUUUCACUUUAUUUUUGCCACAUGCAAACCGUUUGACUGGGCGCAAAGUAUUGAUAGGAGACAAUUUAGCAUCUCAUUUCAAUCCGGAAGUAAUACAACAGUGUGAGGAUUCUGGUAUUGAUUUUGUAUGUUUACCUAAAAAUGCAACACAUUUAACUCAACCACUAGAUGUGUGUUUUUUCCGGCCUUUAAAACAAAGUUGGAGAUUUUGUUUAAACGAAUGGAAAAAUCGUAAUACAAAGAUGCAAUCUAUUCCGAAGUCAUCUUUUCCAGCGUUGGUAAGUAGUUGUCUUCAACGAAUCAAUGAUGUAGGAAGCAUAUCAAGCAAUUUAGAAUCUGCAUUUCGUGCCACUGGAAUUUUUCCAUUAGAUCGUAAUGCUAUAUUACAAAAAUUACCAAAAGAAGAUUACCCUAAUAUUAAUGAUAUUGUUAGUGUGACUUCGGCCAUUUUAAACACAGAUAGUGAUGAUGAUGCAGUUAUUCCAUACAUUAACACAGAUUCUGAAAAUGAGGUAGAAAAUGAAGAUGUGAUUCCAGAUUAUCAAACACCAACCAAAGAUAAUUUAGAAAUUGGUGAUUUUGUAUUGGUCAAUGUUCAGUUAGGAAAACGAAAAAAGACUAUUUAUGUAUAUGCAGCUGUUAUUAAGAGUAUUGUUAAUAAUAUAUAUACACUAAAUGGUCUUAAAUCAUUAGAUGACAUUAAACAGAUUUUCAAAAUUCAAGAUGAUGAUGUAUUUGAUGUUGAUAUAAUACAUAUUAUUGCAAUUUUAAAAACACCUAAACUGACAAAAGAUGCAAAUUAUAUAUUUUUACAGCCACUCUCUGAUGUCAGAGAGGCAUAUCUGUUACCAAUGUAUUAUAAACUCAAGACUGCCUAG